AUGUUGCCGAGCGGCUCGUCGAGUCCCGUCGAAAUCUACGAAGGCAACCUCGAUUCCGCCAAGGAGCUCGAGAGACUUUUCGAUCCUAUAUCGCAGCGAGACUUCUUGAAGUUGUGCGUCCAGUGCCUGUACAUGGCCGAGACCUGCGUCGGUAAACCGACGAAGCCGUACGGAGCAGUGAACGAGGAACUGCGCAGCUACGUGAACGUCACUUUCGCAGAAGUCCUGCAGUCUUCGGGCGAGGAGAAGUUGUCGCACCUGGCCUCCAAAGUUCCGAAGGUCGACGUGGACCUGCUCGUCACUGUUGUCCAGGCCGAAGGUCUCGUGGCAAGUGACGUCAGCGGCAAGUCCGACCCGUAUUGCGUCUUGUGCGUCGGUAGUUCGAACCCGCAGGUGACCACCGUCAAGAAUAAGACUGUGUGCCCUGUGUGGGACGAGAGCUUCCAAAUUCGCAUCGCUGACCCGGGCUCAGACGCCUUUCAACUGGCCGUUUGGGACAAAGAUCCGCGGACAGUCUGCGGCGUGUGCCGGGAGUUGCGGGACGUGCGUUCGUGUUUCUCGUGCCUGCAUUUUCUGAGAGAGUUGUUCGAGACCGUGUGUUCUGUUGACGGUGCCGACGACUUCAUGGGCACAACGUCACUCUUUGUCAACGAGAUACCUUGCACUGGCUGCGAACAGUGGCUGCGUCUCGCGGACACGGGUGGUCGAGGAGCGUACGGCCGCAUUUACGUGAGGCUUGGCUUCGAGUGCGAGACCCGAAAGCGACUAGACCGACAGACGGUGCUGCGUUAUCACUACUAUCUGUGCCUUAUUUUCUUGUUACAACAUGCCUCGACGACGGUCGAAAGUCUGCCUCUCACCUGGAUCCAGUGGGAACAGUGUCUCGCAGAAGAGGGCCUCACGUUACUGUUUCGCCAUUCACAGUACCACAAUCUUUCUUGCGUAGAGCAGCAGCUGUGCCAGAUAACGGCGCUGGUGAAUAUCAUUAUGUCUAAAAAGACGAGACUAAACUUUUCUGCGCUUUACCAGUUGUUGACACAGAUCAGAGCUUCGAUAAAAGAAACCAAAGACCAGCUGGUCGUCAACUCUUUGGAGGUGGUGGUCAAGGCUCUGACCGAUCCUUGUCUGGAACGCUUGUCUAGGAUGCAUGAAAACUUCGAUUUCGCCAAGAAGUACCAUCGUAUUGAUUUGCUCGGGGUUCUCUUUUGCUGCGUUACAAUUGAAGCUAUAGUGGAGACGGAAGUCACGGAUCCUGCUGGCGUAGCAAUACAAAAGGAUACCUCAGCGUGGUAUCAAAGUCUGCUGACGUCUGGAGAAUUGUGCGAUGGUAAUUCGCUCACGCAUAUUGUUCCGAGAAUAAUUUCAACCAUAGAGGCUUAUCACCAAGAGGCUGACCGGAUUUUUAAGGCUGCCUGGAACGAAACAUACACACAGAUCGUGUACAAGGAGCUGGAUGCUUUUAUUUGCCAAUCGUUCCAGACAAGAAUCACGACUUUCUGCACCUCCCUCUUAGGUGAACAAGCCGACGAUGUCUACCACUGGAAAGCAGUGGAAGAGAGCUUGCGGCUUUUCUACGUUUUACAAAGAUUUCGUACGAUGGUCUCUAGUUGCCUCAUAACGAGUUGUGGCCCCAUGAAAAUGGACAAGCUCCAGGACUGGUUCGGCUUCGACCUGAUAUUACUGUGGUUCGAACUGGCGAGAAGUCCCGUGUCGGGGUGGAUAUCCGAUCUUGUGAACAAGGACGACAUGACCCCGCUCGCCCACGACAUCAAGUAUGGGUCGGCAGUCCGAGACACGAUCGACAUACUGCACAGCCGCUACGUCGAACUAUGGCGGAAACUUGAUACUCGCGAUUUUCGAUGCGUUCGAGCCUUCACCACGGCGAUGGCCGAGGACUGCAAACACUUCGUGGGUGCCCUUUCGAGCCGCGUGGAGUGUGCCGGCUACUUUGACGUCGUGGGCGAGUUUGAAGUGUCUUCUCAGCUUUGCGUGGCAGUAAGCAGCUUCGCGCGCAUCGCGUCUUUCUUGCAGGAAACCAUCACGCAAGUGGAUGUCGUCUGCCUGAGCGAGAGCAGUGACAUUGCCGAGAGAGCUAGUGAAGCUCGUUUCCCUCUGGAACAAGCUCUGGACCAGUCUCUGUUGUCAAUGUCUCGCGUCUGCACUGAAGUGGUCGACAGACUCGAACCGGAACUCCGCAAGAGGGUGUCCAGCGUCUGCGACGCGAGCUCCAUGCACUUGCAAGACCGCGCUCUUCACGAUAUUAUCCAGUACGUGGACGCUUGCAUAGCGACGCUUCAUGACCACUUGGACGAGAUUGCUUUCAGAAAGAUGCUCCGACUCCUGUGGAGGACCACCGUCAGCUCGAUCAGGAAAGAGGCGUCUCUGGUUCAGGAUAAUUACUUGUAUCGUUUCACAACGGCGCCCUUGAGUUUCUCGGGCCUACAGAGAGCGCUUUUUCAGCUCAGAGACGUGUACCAUGCCGGAGGCGCUGGUUUACCAGUGGAAGAACUGAACACCAAGUCCUACGCGGUCCUCGACGUAAAUUUGAACCAACUAGUUCACGCUUUAAAAGAGCAUGACGCUGACUUAAUGAAGAACGCUGGAGUAGUUAUAGUGUAA